CCCUGCACAUUGACAACCUCCACGAUGGAUUCGGACAUAAAGAGAUGGAUAAGUAUGUCCUCCCAAGGACAUAGCUACCCUGGGGAGCGGGUUACUUUAGUUCCUCGAGCUAAAGGUCCUGUAAAAUCAAACUUCCGAGCAAGUCACGUCCCGCAACAACGUCCCCGGGUGAUGCUGAAGAAGAUGCAUCAGGAGCGAGCGUAUAUGGCGGACUUACUGGAUCGACUGAAUGCUGAGCAAAAGAAAGAUGUUGGAACAGUCUGGUCCGGUUAUCUCAAUCCUGAUGUUACAAACAAGAAGUAUAAAGAGGUUGAAACUGCUGCUAAGGGAAAAGAAAAGGAGGCUGACAAAGCUGGCAAUUGGAUUAGUAAAAGCGCCGUAAAUGUUAAUACCGAAGUCCUUGAUGGCAACUUGGCUUCCAAAGGGCCUACAGCUGCCCAAUCAGGAGCUGAGAAUACAAUUGGUGGAGUAGAUCGGACACUUGAUGAAAAGACCAUCCACAACGUCACCGAUCUACAUGACGUUCUAGAACAAUAUGAUGCAGUCAAGGUACGCCAGAUUCUCUCCCCACCUCUCCCGGAGACAGAAGCAGCGCCUCCGAAAGCUGCACAUCAGUUACCAACCCUGCCCGCACAUGUACGAGCGCGAAUUAUUCCGUCACCGUAUCUAAACAUGACCAAACAUGAUGAGUGGAAGACGCACAAAGAAAUUGACGAAAUACUAGAUCGAAAGGACUGGACGUAUAAGCAAAAUCAAUUUGCAAAAGCUGACCAGUUGGAAAAGUUGUAUAAAUUUGUACAAAAGGAACUCGAAGCACUAGAUGCUCCCCCCUCCGGACCCGAUUUUCGACGGCUGCAAGUUUACAGCGCCGCCUUUGAGAAAGUCAUUGCAGAAUUCAAAUUAUACGGUCCCAUUUUAGCUGAGAUCAAGAACGAAUACGAUAAAACCAUCGCAAGCUUCCAUAACGACCAGCGUGAAUUAAAUUUUCUGAGAACCAAAGUUCAGAAACUUCUGUCACAAAAUGAGAACAGGUUAUUACUAAAGUACGAGCGAAGGAAGAGCAAGCGCUUGGAAAAGCAGUUAGAGGAGCUGGAAGCGGAAAAUCACCAGCUGAGAGAUGAUUUGCGACGAAAGCUGGCCAUUUACGCGGCGUAUCUACCCUCAUCGACUCUUGAAAAAAAGAAGAAAGAAGAUACUACUUUGGCAGAGAUUGCUGAUGAGAUCAAAUCGUUCAAGAUUGGCGACGAUCCUGUCUCGGUUUAUGAACGGAAGAUUGGAGCCCUCGAGGUGGAAGUGACGGAACGUAAUGGUCAGAUCGAGGCGCUGAAAAAGGCGCAAGCAGAGGACUAUGUCCCACGAGCAGAAAAGGAGAAAACUGAUGUUGCACUGAGAGAGGCAGAGACUCGACUGGAAGACCUGCAGCGACAGAACGCGCUGCUGGAGCAGGAGUUGCACGACCAGAAGGCCGAAUUGUCAACAGUGUCUAGCACUUUGAGAGAGAAACAGGAGCAAUACCAAUUCUUACUCAAGGAAUACAAUGAAUUAUCGGAAGCUGUAGCAGUUUCAUUCGAUAAUAAAUUGCUCAAAAAGGAGUGAUCGUUAAACAUCUCCACGGACCAUUUAGUCCACAGCUUUCCUACGCUUGUUUAUUAAAUAGUGGAUCGGAUUCAGCGCUAGCUAUAGCUAUAGCUGGCUUUGUUGUGCAUGAUGAGUCGAUCAUCGACAAAGUAGAAACUAUCUGAUAGUGUCGAUCCGGGAUUGUCAACCAUCUCUUGCACUACAUAGAAAUUGCGUCAGUGAUAUUACUGAGCCAGGUUGAUUCAGAUAUGUCAAUAAGUAGGCCUUGAACUUACCUUGCUUUUCAGUCAGUUCUGGUAGCUAGAGUGCAGAUAAUGUUGUUUAACAGAUAUUCUUACCAACCGUGAAGCAAAAUUACUUACGGAAUAAACUGCCUCCCA